AUGAACUUCACCGUUAUUAGAAGGGGUAUAACCACAAAAGCAGGAAUUCCAACAACAUUAGUAGGACCGUCGUCUGUACAUUCCCAUCUUAGACCUGUUAGAUACGCCACCAAUGAAGAUAGCAAACCUAAUCAUCAUCCAUAUGAGCCGACGAACAAUUUCUAUGAAUAUAGCGCAGAGGAGCUAUCAUUUGAUCUCUCUAGGCGUAGGCUAGAUAAUUUCAACGAGCGGUUUUGGUCAGAUAACAACAUACGCUGCGAGCAAGCUAUGAAAGCCUACGUAGGAGAUGCACAGGGCGAGGAGCGACAGGUGCUGCUGCAGAAGUUUUGGAUGGAUUGGUCAGAAGCUAACAAAGCGAGAUACCUCAACUGGUCAAAAGAAUGGUGGAAAUCACAACUAUCCCUUCUCUACCCUGCAUUUAAAAUAUCCGUUAAGCAAUUAUAUAGACGCUUUUUGUAA